AUGGGCUUCAGCGCCUGGAUCCACGACACUAACCUGCGGGUUGCUCGUAGCCCCGUGGGACGGUGGUUUCACCUUGAGAAUUCUGGCCAUCCACGGGAGCGGAAAGGCGCUUUCUUUUUCACAGAGUUGCGCGCGGGCCUUGCCACCUUCUUCGCCAUGGCCUACAUUAUCUCCGUCAACAGUAAUAUCACCUCCGAGACCGGUGGAACCUGCGUCUGCCCUGAAGAGAGCAUGAAAGACUUUUGCGCUUCCAAUUCCGAAUACCUGCUGUGUGUCGAGGAAGUCAAGCGUGACCUUGUCACAGCAACUGCAGCCAUCGCAGCCUUGUCCACCUUCUGCAUGGGCCUGUUCGCCAAUUUGCCCAUCGCCCUCGCGCCUGGCAUGGGUCUGAAUGCCUACUUUGCGUAUACGGUGGUCGGCGUGCACGGCUCGGGCAUGAUCCCAUACUCUAUCGCGCUAACGGCUGUAUUCGUCGAAGGCUGGGUUUUCUUCGGCCUGACCUUGAUCGGUAUGCGCCAAUGGCUCGCGCGUGCACUCCCCGCUUCGAUCAAGCUCGCCACUGGAGUCGGCAUCGGACUGUAUCUCGCCCUUAUCGGGUUAACAUACAGUGCUGGGAUCGGGUUGGUGCAGGGCGGAACUGACACGCCUAUUGAGCUUGCGGGAUGUGCGCCGCAGUAUAUCAGCUCAGAGACCGGGCAAUGUCUUAGCAGCGAGAAGAUGCGGAGUGCGACAAUGUGGGUCGGAAUCUUCUGUGGAGGUGUCCUGACUGCACUCCUGAUGAUGUACCGUAUCAAGGGCGCCGUUAUCAUCGGGAUCCUGCUGGUGUCUAUCAUCUCGUGGCCCCGAACCACCCCUGUGACGUAUUUCCCAUACACAGAGCUGGGAACGAGCAUGUUCGAUUUCUUCAAAAAGGUCGUGACUUUCCACCCCAUCAAGCAUACGCUCACUGCCCAGCAAUGGGACAUCUCCGGUCACGGCGGCCAGUUCGGCCUUGCCUUCAUCACUUUCCUGUAUGUCGACAUCCUGGACACAACCGGCACAAUGUACUCCAUGGCUCGGUUCGCCGGUGCUAUCGACGAGAAGACGCAAGAUUUUGAGGGCAGUGCGAUUGCCUAUAUGGUGGACGCUCUCUCCAUCUCCAUCGGGUCACUCUUCGGCAGUCCUCCCGUGACCGCAUUCGUGGAGUCCGGUGCUGGAAUCUCAGAGGGCGGCAAGACAGGCCUGACCUCAUGCAUGACCGGCAUCGCGUUCUUCAUAUCCGUAUUCUUCGCCCCGAUCUUCGCAUCCAUUCCACCCUGGGCCACCGGGUGCACGCUCGUGAUUGUCGGCGCGCUCAUGGCCAAGGCUGCGGCGGAUAUCAACUGGCGGUAUUACGGAGACGCGAUUCCCGCGUUCCUGACGAUUGCCAUCAUGCCGUUCACGUACAGCAUCGCGUACGGGUUGAUUGCCGGGAUCCUCAGCUAUAUCACGCUCAACGGAAUUGCGUGGAGUCUGGAGAAGAUCAGUGGGGGCCGAAUUGUUCCUCCGAACAGGGAGGAGUCGGAUCCUUGGUCGUGGAAGGUGCCUGGUGGGUUCUUUCCGCCUUGGGUCAAGCGAGCUGCGAGUGGACAGAAGGAUUUCUGGAGGCGUGAUGAGGAAAGGCCGACCCUCGAGGGUGAGGGAGAGUCGGGAUCAUUGCAUUCCUCGCAGCAGGAGCGGAUCACGGCUGAAAAGGCGCCGGCGGGUAAUCUGUAG